AUGCUUCGCCAGGACUCGACGCUACGAGCCGAAGCGCGAAAAGCGAAGCGCGUGGCGAUCGCUGCCCGUGCGCCCACCAUGACUCGCGCGCGCGCCGCUAUUGGCGUUGGCCAAGUGGGCAGUGGCGGCAAGAGCGUCCGUGAAAGGCGGCUUGGGAAAGUGAGUGCGCGAGUGUUGAGGCGCUGGGUGCUGCCAUCGCAUGCCCAUGCACCAAACCCUCGCUCGCACCUUCCUCCACCCUCCUUUCCCUCCCUCCUCCCCCUUCCUCUCCCCCUCCUCUCUCUUUCCUUUCCCCCUUCUCUCUCGCUCCCUUCACCCCCCUUAACUCCUCUUUUCACCCUCCUUUCUCCCUCCUGUCCCCCUCCUGUCCCCCUCCUAUCCACCUCCCUCCCGUCUCUCUCUUCUCCCUUUGCUUCCCUCUCCUUUGCCUUUGUUUUGCCCUCAUUUCGACCACCCCUUCCUAACCCCCUCCUCUUUCCUUCUUUCGCAUCCUAUCACUCUCCUUUCCUCUCCACUUUCCCCCUUUUCACCCUCCUUUCCCCCUCCUUUCCCCCUCCCCUCCAUGCCCCCUCCUUCAUCUUCUAUUUCCUCCAUUUCCCCUCCUUUCCCAUUCCUUCCAACCACCUUCCCCUCUGUUCCCCAUCUUCCUCCAAAUCCCCUCCUAUUCGCCUGCCUAUCCCCUGCUUUCACUUCUCACUACUUCAUUUCCUCCAUUCCCUCUCCCCUCCCGCUCCCAUUCCCCCGUCCACUCCCCUCAUUCCCCUUCCCCCCUCGUUUUACGCUCCUUCUCCUCCGUUAUGCUCACUUUCUUCCUUCCCCCUGCCCCCCUUUCCCACUCCUUUCCCCAUCCUUUCCCCAUCCUUUCCCCAUCCUUUCCCCAUCCUUUUCCCCUGCUGUGCCCUGUCUAUCGCCCUCCUCCACCCCUGCUGCCCCCUGCCUGCCGCACGCCUUCUCCUGGGUGCGUGCUUGGGGCAGGCAGAGGGGGCUGCAGGUGCCAGGGAGCAGGCGCGCCAUGCAGGGGAGGCCAUGGGCGGCCAUGCACGCUGGCGUGGGCUCAACGGGGCUCUCUGCGGAGAUUACUGCUGCAACGGGAGCUAG